UCAAUAGUGAGCAUCAGUUGUUCUUAUACGUUUGCUAAUUGUGUCGGAUUCAACAAAAACUAUUACAAUGAAUUCAUUAGUGGUGUUAUUAUCAGUGGUAGCUUUGGCCGCCGCCAAGCCAUCAGGACUUCUGAACGCCGGAGUGAUUUCCUAUGGUGCACCCGUUGCCACUUUGCCGAUCGGACCUGCGCCUUUAACAAUUGGAGCUGCACCGCUAACCACAGCCGCUAUUGCACCAACUCUCAUCAGGAGCGCACCCAUCGCUACGCCAGUUAUCGCGCCAAGUGUUUUGGGAACUUCUGCUAUUGCCGCUCCAGCCCUCGUUGGUCCAGCUCUUGCUGCACCUGGAAUUCCACUCAGUGCAUCUCAAGUGAUCACCACCGGUGCUCUUCCUUUACAAGCCAGCACACUGGCUGGCGCCCAUCUGAUUCGCAAACGUUCUGCACCUUUAAUUACAUCCCCCGUUCUGUCUGCUGGUCCUGUUAUUUCCACCUAUAGUGCGGGCCCAGUUCUCUCCUCCCCUCUUGGUCUCUCCUCCCCUCUUGGUCUCUCCUCCCCUAUUGGUCUCUCCUCGCCCAUUGGUCUCUCUUCUCCCAUUGGUCUCUCCUCACCCAUUGGUCUCUCCUCACCCAUUGGUCUCUCCUCACCAUUAGCACUUUCCUCGCCUGUAAUAACUAAAGUUUGGUAGACAUUGCUACGGAAAUCGGAAUAUUAAAUGUUUCGGUACGUACUAUCAAACUAAAAAAUGUUAGUAACUAGAGUUUAAAUAAAAUUUAUAUAAUAUUUAA